AUACGGGCACCUGCUUAUAUUAUGUGUAUAAAAGCCAGGCAGUGGCAGAAGUUGCUGGCUUCGGUGAAGUCCACUUGCUAGAAGAAACCCAACACCUAAGGAAUAAUUUCUCAUAAAAAGAAAGUCAUGUCGUCACAGAACCCAGUGCCAAAGUUAUACAGGUCAGUGGUUGAUGAUGUGAUUAACAAUGUCCGAGAAGCAUUUCUGGAUGAAGGGGUGGAUGAGCAAGUUCUACAAGAAUUAAAACAGCUAUGGGAAAGCAAACUGUACCAGUCCAAGGCAGUAGAAGGGAUGCCUGCAGAACACGACCAGUACCUCCAGCAGUUUGCAGCUUUAGCUCAGCCACAACAGCCAAAACAACAGCAGGCCCAGCAGAGAAUCCAUGUCCAACAAGUCCCCCAGCAGUCUCAACCUCGCCAACAGACACCACAACAGCCGCAGCAACCGCAACAACAGCCGCAGCAAGGUGCAACAGCUUUACCAACCAUACAGAUUCCACUAUUCACAAAUUUAGGAGGAACAUUAGACAUUAGCAAUGCAGCUGCAGCAGCCACCAUAGCAUUACCAGUACCUUUAUAUCAACAACAGCUGCAGGCCUUGCAAGCACAGGGAAUCACGCUCCAACAGACAAGUACUGGUCAGUUCAUAGCAAUCCAGCAGGCUGCCCAGCCACAGGCCCAAGCUACAGGACAGCCAGUUCUUACAACGCAGCCACAGUUUGCAACAGUAAAUCCACAACAUAUACAGACAGUACCAGUGCAAUCAGGACAACAGAGUCAAACCCCACUACUACAGCUGGAUGGUGCUAAUGAUACCAGCUCUGAAGAAGAAGAUGAUGAUGAUAAGGAUGAUGAUGAUGAUGACCAGGAAGAUGAGGAGAACGAGUAUCAGGGAGAGGAAGAGGAGCCUUUAAAUUCCGGUGAUGAUGUGAGUGAAGAGGACCCUACAGAGUUGUUUGAAACAGAUAAUGUUGUAGUAUGCCAGUAUGAUAAAAUUAACAGAGCCAAAAACAGAUGGAAAUUCCAUUUAAAAGAUGGCAUUAUGAAUCUCAAUGGCAAAGACUAUGUAUUUCAAAAAGCUACAGGAGAUGCUGAAUGGUGAUAUUACAAGAUCAUGCUUCUUUGUUGGUUGUGCUUUGCAGGGCAGGUGGAAUUCCUCGGAAUUUGAAGGGUCACCGAGAGGGUCAAGAGCUGGUUAUUGAGAUUUAUCUCCUGAUGACUUUCCAUAUACUGCAUAUGUGCUAUAAUGCACUUGUACCAAAGAAAUUUCCAUCUCUGAAGUUGUUAAAAAAAAGAAUUUUUUUAUACUUUAUAUAUGGGUGAAACUGCUAUGUUCACGUUAAUGCAUGUACAUGCACAUUUUAUUUUAUAAGAUGAAAUGCCAUAUAGAAAGGAUCAAAACUGAAUUUUUCAUGUUGAUGAAUGUUACCAAGGACUAUAUAUUCUUCAAUACAAUUUAUAUCAAAAACAAUGACACAGGUAUCAUGUACCUCUAAUUGCAUAUUCCUGAAAAUGCUUCAUAUGACAACAGGGCAACGUUCACUUUGUUUAUUUCAUAUCUUGUCAGUCAUUAAAAUCGUGAUUUUUGUCCUGUGA